GUCCAGGAAGUUCAAAAUGGCGAUGGACGGAAUGAUGUCCACGUCUUCGGCUCUGUCUUACCACAAUGCCGGGGACUUCUACCCCAGAAAGUUCGGCCCGAAGCCGGACGUGGUUCCGUCCGGGGUGACGGAGCGGAAGGUGGGUCCGCUGGACAAGCCGGACAUGGUGUCGGUGGAUGUCAUCAACAUCAAGGAUGCAGACGUCCCGAUGCACAGGAAGAAGCAUGAACACGACACCUACGUCUUGGGCACCAUUCAUCCCUUCAGGAAGACGCACAGAUCCAUCUUUGGGAAACUCCUACAAGAAUUCAGACUGGUCGCCUCAGACAGACGGUCGUGGAGGAUCCUGCUGUUCGGGACUCUGAACCUGCUGUGUACCGGCUGUCUGCUGAUGUGGUGCAGCUCCACCAACAGCAUGGCCUUAACUGCCUACACAUACCUCACCAUCUUCGACCUGUUCAGUUUGAUCACCUGUCUCAUCAGCUCCUGGGUGACCAUGAAGAAACCCAGUCAGGUCUACUCGUUCGGGUUUGAACGAUUGGAGGUUUUGGCGGUUUUCGCCUCCACUGUUCUCGUCCAACUCGGAGCUUUGUUCAUCCUCAAGGAAAGUGUGGAGCGCUUCAUGGAGCAGCCUGAGGUCCAUACUGGUCGUCUGCUGGUUGGGACGUUCGUCGCUCUUUUCUUCAAUCUGCUGACUUUACUGUCCGUCAGGAACAAGCCCUUCGCCUUCGUCUCAGAAGCCGCCAGCAGCAGUUGGCUUCAGGAGCACGUAGCAGAUCUGAGUCGAAGUUUGUGUGGCAUCAUUCCAGGUCUCAGCAGUGUGUUGUUACCUCGCAUGAACCCGUUCGUCCUGAUCAACGUGGCAGGAGCUCUGUCGCUCUGCAUCACCUACAUGCUCAUAGAAAUCAAUAACUACAACGCAGUGGACACAGCGUCGGCGGUCGCCAUCGCUCUCAUGACCUUCGGCACCAUGUAUCCCAUGAGCGUCUACAGCGGCAAAGUCCUGCUGCAGACCACGCCCUCCCACAUCAUCGGCCAGCUGGACAAACUGCUCAGAGAGGUGUCGACUUUGGACGGAGUGCUGGAGGUUCGCAACGAGCACUUCUGGACUGUUGGUUUUGGAUCUCUGGCCGGUUCUGCUCACGUUCGUAUCCGGCGUGACGCCAACGAGCAGCUGGUUCUGGCUCACGUCACCAACCGGCUGCUGCCUCUCGUCUCCACGCUGACGGUCCAGAUCUUUAAAGACGACUGGACCCGGCCUCUCCUCACCGGCGCCCUCACCUCCUCCUCCCCGGCUGCUCCUCUGGGUUCUGCUGAAGGCUACUCCUCCCUGUCCUCCUCCCUGCCUCCUCUGCUGCUGUCCCCCGGAUCAGAACUCGACCCGCUGACCUCCACUCCCUCCAAGCUCAGCAGCCCUCCUCCAGAGUUCUCCUUUGACACUCCGGGCCGGAAUGUGCAGCCGAUGGUCCUGCCGGCUCCGGGUCACCAGGCCCAGAGGCCCUAUGGAGGCUUGGGACUCGCCUACGGAGCGCCUCCCUACGCGGGGAUGCUGGGUCAGGGCCUGGCGCGGCCCGGCGGCGGGCUGGGACUCGGUGUUCAGGGCCUGGGCGCCGGGUUUGGACUGGGGAUGGCGGGAAGCUCGGUGCCUUCCUCUCAGAGCUACAGAACUGCCUUCAGCGGGUCGACGGCGCCGCUCCGGUUUGGAACCAGCAACCUUCUGGCUCCACAGUCACAGUACAGACAGUACCGACCCUGACCGGACCGAACCGGACCAGAACUGCUUCACUGCUUUCAAAUACUUGAACGAAAACAUGAGCGGAUCAGUUUUAUCCACGAAGGUCAAGUUUGUCGAGUCCUCGGUUCAGAUAUUUGAAAGAUUUACGUCGUGUUUGGGUCGAGCGGCUGCAACGUUUACUUCAGGUUCUGGAGUAAAAUCUUGUAGUUUGAUGUUAGAAGACAGAGUCGUGUAUUUAUUUUUGCUGCCAGUGGGACCAAAACGGUUGAAUUUAUUAUCUUUGAGUCUUUUUCUUUUUUUUUAAAUCAAGAAUUUGGGAAACAUCGUAAUGAAGAAGAAAGCUGUUUGCUCGCAUUUGUUUUACUUUUUUCUGCUUGUUUUGACAUAAAACUAUAAUUCAAUCAAAAUCCAACUGUAUGUUUUAAAUUUUAAGCAUUAACAGCAGCCAGCGGUGAGAUCUUACAGCACACGCAUUAAAUAAAGGCGAAAAAAGAAAGAAUAAUCUUUAUCGGACCAAGUUCAAGGAAGAAAUGUUGACAACAGGAAGGCUCCCAGAAGACAGAACAUUAUUGAUUUUUUUUGAAAUUCCAGGUCUUUCGACUGUAAAAGCUUUUUGUUUAAAACCAAAGCAAAAAGUUAUUUUUGCAUUUCCAGUCUGCACAAUCUGUUUAUUUCCCAUUUGGGAUAAAAUAUGUUCUUAUGUUUGUCCAGAAUUAAAACUUUUUGUGGGUUUUUCAGGGUCGAUGCUGAUUAUUAGUAAUCAAGGAGAGUAAAAUCCUGCAGUUUCUCACUUCAAAACAACCCGAAAAGAAAGCUGCAGUUAAAACAUUCCACAUUUCAGCUCCUUGAGAGCUCAAACUGAGGAUUAUUUGGGUCAUUUGCGAGUCAUUUUUUCAUUGAAUGGUUUGGGAUUUGGUAUAUCAUAUUUCAGAAAGUUGAAUUCUUUAAAUGCCUCGUUUUAUAUGACCGAUUAAACUUGUCUGACAAAUAUUACAGUCCUGUACAACUACAUUGCAUUCUCAUUUAAAGAUAAAUGUGUUUUUUCCUCAAAAAAGUAUAAAGUUGAAGAGAACAGGUUUUGCAUCCUGUGUGGGAUAAUAUUUGUUACAUAAAACAACCUCUUCUGGUAAAAAUUAAGUUUUUAUCUUGUUAUAAUGACCUUAAAGGUGUUUUUUUAUUUGGUAGAAGAUGCAUCGGAAGCCAAAUAUGCCAUAAAUUCUUUGUUUUUGCCUCUAAAAACUCCAAAAUUCAAUCUCAGAAAUACAGAUUUAGACUUCAGGAGUUUCAUAUGUGAUACAUGGAGGUUUCUGUAUCAUUAUUAUUCUUCAGAAUUGUUCUUAGGAUUUGAUUUGAGUGACUCUAAUAUUGCAGUAUCCGUUUGUGUAGCUAUAGAGUAGUUUUAUAGUGUUUGAGUUGAAAUUUUAUCUAUUUUUGUGGAAAAAGCUUCUAAAUAUUCUCAUAAAACUUUAAAGCACAGAGAUAAGUCUUGUAGAAGUUUAAUUAAUGACCAGAGAUGAGCUUUUAAUUUAACUUUCACUUGUUUGUUGGUUCUAUUUUGGAAAAUAAUAUGUUUUUUGGUUACAAUAUGAUCCUUUGGUAACUUGUUUAAAGCUUUUCUACCAUUUUCUAGGCUUCCAGGUGGACCCACUACACACUUGUUGAUUAGAAAUGUGACAAAUAAAUAGCAGAAAAUACACGCAAAACCUAACUGAGAAUGCAGUUUAGUAGUAUAGGACUAGACCAACAAUCCAAAACAGAUUUAUUAUCAUUUAAAACAGACAUUUUGAAUAAUUCAUCAGAUUUGUUGCUGUUCUCCAGCUCUGCAGACUCCUUAUUUUGUUUUAUUCCACCUUAAAUAUUCAGUGAAGACCUUAAGUUAAGGAGGUAAAGAUUGAAGCUGUUGUGAUUUUUAUUAAACUCUUUGUACUCUGCUGGUAAUGUUUGGCUGUGAUGUUGACGAGUAAAUGGAGAUGUUCUUUUUUUCCCGUUUUUAUGUUUUAUUUUUUAAUCUGAACUCGGGCUGAGUGUCACAGAACAGAAGCUCCUUGGUGUUUUAUUUCAGACAGGUCAACGGUUUUUGGUGCCUUUCAGAAAUGUUAAUUAAAUCAAGUUAUAUAUACCACGCACAGCUUUUUCCUCACAGAGAGACGACUGUUGGUGACACUCAGCCUCAAUAAAUCAAACUUCAUGUCUUUAAAAGGAACCACUGGGCCUCGGUCAUUAAAAACAAGUCAUGAAAGUUGUUUUCCUCAUCA